AUGCCAACCCAACCCGGGAGCCACUAUCGAGAAGAUUCUCUCCCUACUUCACGUACCUCUCCUGACCCUCUACACUUCACUGGGUCUGUUGUCGGCUCUAUCUCUCGCAACCGUCGCUCUUUUGCUGCCUUGGCUCAGAAGACUACUGUCGCCCUUGGCUUGCAGACUACAUUACGCUCUUCGACUUCUUACAGUAGUUUGUCGAAACAUUCCGCAACCCCUUUGACCCCACCACUAGACGAUACCUACGAGCAAUUGACCGGUUCCUCGCGCCCUUGCUCUCCGGCCCUGGCCGACUCUACGACCUCGCUGAAGCGUCGUUUCACUCUCCAGCGCCUUCCGACUCCUCCCCAAGAAUCCCGCUCUGAUCCGCCAGGCGGUUCCCCCAAGAUGCAUCAGACAUCAUCGCGCUUGCUGCGCAUGACCGAAGAUGAGCGUCCAUUCACCAAGGAUUUCAUGGACUUGUUCUCCACGUUGAUGGUUAGCUUGAAGUUGGAUUCACACCGCGUUCGGUUCACACGAUAUGACCACACAUUUACCUCGGAAGAGGCAAUCAACAACUUGGGCUCGCUCAAGUUCUCCCAGUCAAACCGCAUGCCCGACCCAAAGGACCCCUCCCGCAUCGUUACCACCACCACAACCACCACCUUCUCCAUGGCCAAGGAAAUGGCCCGAUCUGUCUGUCAGCGAUUCGUCGAUGCGCGCUUUAUCGAAUCGGUCGACGGAAAAGCACUCCCGAUUUUCCCGCUCAAGGGUGCCCUUUUCCAGCUCACUCCAAAGGGCAUCAACAUCCUGCAGCGUUUCUGCCAGCGGAACGGCAUCACCGCUCGUCACGUGAUGGACGUCUUGGAGUCCCCUCGCAACACCAUGCAGUUGGUGAACCUGGAGCGCGACACCGAAACCGACAAGUUAUCUCAUGACCGUGCGACAAUCGAGGUCAUUUUCCGCCGCUUUGCUGGUCAGGAUGGCCCUAACGUGAAGAGUAGCAUUUCGACCUCCGACUCCGAUUCUCUCAGUGACUACACCAACGGCCUGGUCGGUGUCAAGGUAGCUCGGGAACGGAAGCUUCAGGAUGGCAAGAUCUACUCUAACACCUUCACUGGAAAGGGAGCUGUGGACUGGUUGAUGGAUUGCUCGACUACAAUUGAGCGCCGCGAGACCUGCUUGAUUGCCGAGCUGUUCCUUAAGUACGGCCUGAUCACGAUGAUCCAGGACGAUAAAUCAUUCCCCGACGGUGGAAACAACGCUCACUUCCAACAAUCCAAAUAUGCUAUCUAUGGCAUAACCGAGCGCGGACAGCGUGUGUGUGGAUGGAUUGCGCGUGAGAAAGCUCGGGAAAACGCGACCACCUAUGACAGCCGUGGUAUGCCCAGGGAUUCCAACAACGCCCGCUUAACCCACAUCCUCCAGGAUCCUGCACUGCGUCUCCUUUUCCGCGAGUUCCUCCGCUACUCACUCUGCGAAGAGAACCUUUCCUUCUACCUCGAUGUUUCCGAAUUUACUUCCAACUACCACAAAGCGGAGAAGGUGGGCACAUUUAAUAAGGUUGACUCGGUCCGGGAAACCUUGGCUGCUGCUUACGGAUUGUACAACGCUUUCUUGGCCCCUGGCUCUCCAUGUGAGCUGAACAUCGACCACGCCCUGCGCAACAGCCUGGCCAGCCGCAUGACCAAGGCCGUAGGCGACGACGAAUCCAUGUUCAAGAGUCUGCAGGAGGUGGUGCACCUAUUUGAGCUUGCCCAAACCUCCGUGUUCAAGUUGAUGUCCAGUGACUCGGUCCCCAAGUUCCUGCGCGACCCCAAGUACUCAGUUGUUCUACAAGAGCACGAUGUGGACAUCAUGGGUGGUUCGCGUUCAUACUCGCCCACACCGGGCGCGCCCACUCUCCCAGAGCGGAGUAUGAGCCGGUCAGCCCGCGCCUGA